AAAAAUAAAUUUCAUUAAAAAAAUAUAAAUAAAAUAAAAUAAAAUAAAAUAAAAAAAAAUGAUGUCUCUGUAGUAAACUUGGAAAUACAAUUCAAUCAAAAAUCUACUUUAAUCAAAUUUAGAUAAGCACACCAUCUUAGAAAUCUUUUUUAAUGAUAACAAUUAAGGAGAGAAAAUUCCAUCUAAUCUAGGAUCCGCUCUCUCAAACUGUAUAAAUCUAAAGAUCUUAUCAAUUCAUUUAGAGAAUAAUAAGAUAAAUGAAAGUGAUGUUAGUGUUUUAUGUUUUGGUUUAGCUAAAUGUUAAAACCUAGAAGUAUUGUAACUUUGGUUUUAGUCAAAUAAUGUGCCGCAAUAAGGAGCUAUAAUAAUUGGAUCUACUUUAAAAUAGUUAGUUAAUCUUAAAUCAGUUAUAAUAUCCUUAGAUUAUAAUAAUAUAGGAUAACUAGGAGCUUCAAAAAUAGUAUCUAAGCUAGCUAAUAGCUCUCUACUUACAUCUUUGACUCUAUGGUUAAGAGGAAACAAAAUUGAUGAGUAAGGAGCUCAAAAUUUAGGUUCUGCUUUAGCAAAAUGUCAGAAUUUGUAAAAUUUAUGCAUCGAUCUUAUCGAUAAUAGAAUUGGAGUAAAAGGAGCAAAUAGUCUGGGCUAAGUUUCUAUAGAUUGCAAAAAGUUAAAUUCUUAUACUCUUAGAUUAUAUGGAAAUUAGAUAGGCAACUAAGGAGCAUUAUAACUAGGUUCUUUAUUUGAAAAGAGCUCACAGUUAAAGAAAUUGUAUCUCUCUCUUGACAAGAAUAAUAUAGAUGAUAAAUAUAAGCAAUAGAUAAGAAGAUAAGUUUAUAGAAAUAAAAGGAUUGUUCACAUUAACAUCAAUUUUUAAUAUUACUGAAAAAAAUUCAAUUACUUUUUCUAAAUAAACACUUUUGACAAACAUUGAUCUGCAUUCUUG